UACCCUGCUGGCCUGUCCUCCCUGGUGCUCUUUGUGAGUAACGUGGGAGAGAUCAACGCCACUGUGUUCCACAGUUACAACCUGGGCUCUGUGACCCACCUCACCAUCAACAACGCUGGCAUCACUGGCAUCCCAUCCGGAGCUCUCCGUUCCUUCCACAACCUCAACACCUUCAGACUGGACCUCAACUCCCUCUCCCAGCUCAGCCCAGCCUGGUUCAGCCAACCAGCCACCCUCCAAAACCUCACCCUCAUUCAGAACCCCAUAGAGGUUGUGGAGGAGGGCACGUUUCGCAGAUUUACAGGUCUAACUAGACUGAACCUGGCCAGUAAUAUGAACCAGACCAUCUGUCCUGAUAGUUUUAGCUCUGGCCCGUUUGGCCUGCUUGGACCUCUCUGGUAACAAGCUGACCAGGGUUUGCCCCCAGGUCCUCCUCCCACUCUCCCUCUCCUCCACAAGGAUCAGAAUGGAUGGGAACCCCUGGGACUGCUCCUGUCAGAGGUUGUUUUUUCUAGUCAUUUGUGGGUUGGGGUUAGGGUGGGGAGUAAGUGUUGUACUGUGAUCAUAUUGAGUGUAUUGCUUUUGCAAAAAUGAGCUUUUAUUCAGUUUAAUAUCAUUUUCAAUUCUACUUUAAAAUUAAGAAAACAAUCUCAACAGAUGCUAUGUAAAUUGUAAUCAGGGAAACUAACCAAUCUGGCUUGAGUCACCCACAAAAUGACUACCCCUCACUACCCACACAGAUGUUCAAGAUGUCUCUAUUGUGUGUGUUCAGGUCUGUAGAAUUCCUCUGCUGGAGACCGAGCCUGUGUGGAACGUUUCUGAGUGUGUGAGCCCAAUGCCACAGCCACCACACACACAGUCCCCAGCAGUGUCCAUCACUGUCCCCACGCUCAUAGCAGUGAUGGGUAUUAUUAUUUUUAGAAAACAUGUUUAAAAAAGGUAUAAUCUUGGUAAAUGAUAUCAUCGGUAGGACUGGUGGAGUUAUGUACCCAAAAUUACACCAAAUAAUUGCAGCAUUACCGCAAAAAUGGAAGAGGAAAGUGGAAGGGGGGAAAAGUAAGGAACAUGUCUGUCGGCAUUAAAGAACAUAAUUGGUUAAAGAAAAUUGUGAUAAAUAAAAAAGUAUACCAGUUUCAUUUAAGGACCAAAGGAUAGACAGCUGUCCCGUAUAGAUUGCAUAAUAGUUGGGAAGAGAUUUUUGACGGACCGAUUCCCUGGCAAAUGAUUAAUGAACUGAUACGCGAAAUGACGCCGGAUUCAAAACAUAGAAUUGUUCAAUUUAAAUGAUUAUACAAAAUUCUUGCAACCAAUAGAAUGUUAUUUAUAUGGGGGAUACAAUCUUCCCAGCUCUGCAGAUUUUGCUGCGAAGAGACAUAAUCAUUAGAUCAUUUGUUUUGGUACUGUCCAUUUGUAGCUUGUUUUUGGUCACAGGUCCAGGAAUGGCUGAAGGAUUGCAAUAUUUACCUGGAGCUAACCCUGCAGAUAGCUCUACUGGGUGAUCUGAAAAGUCAUAGUCAAUCAAUAAUAUAAUAAUAAUUUUAGCAAAAAUGUUUAUUUUCAAUUUACCAUCUGUAGAAACAAUGAGAAUAGAAGGGUUCAGAACUUUUGUGAAACAUCACAGUACUGUUGAGAAAUAUAUGGCAAGUAGAAAUCCAAUAUGGAUGGUGUUAAGAGAUAGAUGUGAGGGAUUGAAUGGAGCUGAAGGUUGGGACUAAUAAUAACUAAUAACAACAAAAUAACUAAUGUAAAACAUACUGUGUCCAUAAUAAGUAUAUAGGUUGAGAACUUUUGUGAAAGAGCACAGUUUGGGGGAUAUGGCAUAUAGAAGCAAACCGGAUGGACAUCAGGAAAAUGAUCGGAGAGGUUGAGGGUAGAGGAAGUUCAGGAGUAAAAACAAAAAAAAUGGAAUUAUUGUAAAUUUGACUGUGUCCGUAAAAUGUUUAUAGUAUGUAUAAGCUGGAAGUAGAGGCCUAAGCGUUGUUGUUCACUAGUUUACUCCAAUUAGGGGAGGGGUGGUGGGGUUGGAAAGUAAUAAAGGAAAUAUUUAUUUUUAUUUUUAUGAUGUGUAUGUAUGGAUUUGUACGUAUGUAUGUGUAUAUGUAUGUAUAUGUGUGUGUGUAUAUAUAUAUAUAUAUAUAUAUAUAUUUGCAAAAAAAAACGUAUGGGGGAUUGGAAGUGAUUCAGACAAUUACAUUGAUGGAAGAUAGAAUCUAUCUACAAUAUUAAAGAUGAUCUACCCCCUACAAAAAAAAUAAGAUUAAAAAAAAAGUUCUGGAGCAAUGUUGUACAUAAAAUAGAAUACAAUAGUAUUAUAUAAAUCUCUAUGGUACGGUAUAUGAAUCCCAUCAGAAAAAGGAUGUGUCUCAGUCUGUACUAUAGGGCUAUACACACAACACUAUUGUAAUAGAAUUGUAGUAUGUAGUACAUCAUCCUCCACACUAACUCUAGAGGCUUGGCUUCUCUUCUAGUGUGUAGUGUGUACCCUGGCUGUAGUCUGGAGGACGAAACGGGAGGCCAAACAGGUGAAGGCCAGUCGGGAGGGAGUAGAAGAAGAGGGACAGGGAUCCACAGAGCAGACUGACAGAUCAACCAUCACCCUCCACAGAGAGGUGGAUUCUGUCAUGUCUAACUGGGACCCGGAGCUUGCUACGAAGACUCAC